AUGGAUCCAAGGAAUAUUCAUACUCAGUCUUCUAGUUACGUAGGACUGCUUCACAGUCAACAAGGAAGUGUUUUCCAUGAAAACUUUCCUUAUGAAAGUUUUCAUUCUAGUGUUAACUUUGGAGAAUCAGAAAUCCCGGCUUUCAGUUCACAACAGUCUGAAGACGCACCAGUAGACACACCAGUGGAGCGUCUUGUAAGACGCAAAUGGACCCCAGCUGAUGACGAGGUUCUAAUCAGUGCGUGGCUUAACACUUCUAAGGAUGCUAUUGUUGGAAAUGAGCAGAAGUCGGGGACCUUCUGGAACCGGGUUGGAGAUUAUUAUGCAGAAAGUCCUCAUGGAGGAGAGGAUGGUGAAAAGAGAGAGCAUCUUCAUUGCAAGAAGAGGUGGCAGAGAAUCAAUUAUCAGGUUAACAAGUUAUGUGCUGCAUACUCGGCAGCAGAGGGACAAAUAAGCAGUGGUGAGACUGACACUGAUGUUCUGAAGAAAGCUCAUGACAUCUUCUUCUCUGAUCAAGAGCACAAGUUUAACCUUGAGCAUGCGUGGUGUGUGUUGAGGUAUGAACAGAAAUGGCUUAGCCUUAACCCUCCUAAAGCUAGUGGCGGUUCGAAGAGGAAAAAUGUUGAGACAAAUACCCAAACUUCAAGCAACAAUGUUGUUGAUACUGAGAGCCGGUCUGAAGGUAUAAAGGCUGCAAAGGCUAAAAGGAAUACUGCUAAAGGGAAGUCUGUGGCUGAGUAUGCAACCAUUUGGGAAAUGAAGAAGGAGGAUUUGGAGAUGAAGGAGAGACUGUCAAAGUUGGCCAUACUAGACACUCUCCUUGCCAAGAAAGAACCAUUAAGUGAGGCGGAAGAAGUUGUGAAGAAUAAGCUCCUAGCCGAGUAUUUCUGA